AUGGCCGCCGCGGCAGCGAGGUCCACGGCCAUCCUCCGCCGGUCUCUUCUUUACGUCCCCGCGUCAUCGCAAAAGAUGCUCACCAAGUCCCUGGGCCUCAUCUCGGACAACGUAACCUACGACCUAGAGGACUCGGUCACACCGUCUCUCAAACCACAGGCCCGCCAACAGCUCAAGGCGCACAUUUCAUCACUGAAAUCCCGCCCUCGGUCCAUUUCCGAGCUCGCAGUCCGCGUCAACGCCGUCUCCACCGCCUUCGCCCUCGACGACCUGACGGCCCUCUCUGCCGCGCCGCUCGUCGAUGCCAUUGUCGUGCCCAAAGUUGAGUCGGCCGCCGACCUGACGUUUGUCUCCGACGUCCUGCGCCAUGUCGCCCCGGAGAGGCACGCCGUCGACUCGAGCAAUCCCAUCAAGAUCAUCGCCCUGAUCGAGUCGGCCCGCGCCGUCAUGGACCUCGCCAGCAUCUGCCGCGCCUCCCCCUAUCUGAGCGGCCUGAUAUUCGCGGCCGAGGAUUUCGCCCUCGACUUGUCCAUUACGAGGACGCCGUCUCUGACGGAGUUUCUGUAUGCGCGUUCCGCAAUCGUCACUGCCGCCAGGGCCGCUGCCUUGCCCAGCGCCAUCGACCUGGUGUGUACGUCGUACCGCGGCGAGGAGGGCAUCGGGAGACUUGCGGAGGAAUGCGCGGGCGGCAAGUCGAUGGGGUUCAACGGCAAGCAGUGCAUACACCCCGACCAGUUGGAAACUGUGCAGAGGCUGUUUGCCCCGAGCCCGGAUGAGGUAAACUGGGCGAUGCGGGUGGUCAUCGCGGACGAGAAGGCCGCAGCGCAGGGGAGAGGAGCCUGGACGUUGGAUGGCAAGAUGAUUGAUGCUCCGGUCGUUGGAAAGGCUCGAGCCGUCGUUGCCAAAGCCAAGCAGUGCGGAUUCGACGUUGCUGGUCUGAGGAGCAAGUGGAAUAGCCAGGAACCCGAAUGA